GGCGGGUGACUAGUGAAUAAGGUGUGUGGAACUCGCUCUGCAGGUCUCUUGUGUCACGAAUAACCUGUUGAGCCAGAAGAAACUAAGAGCAGUGCAGGUGGGGAAACAAUCCUGGGCAGCACACCAACGUCCCCUCUGCAUCGGCAUGCAGCAAACCUAAAGGGAGCGAGUAACGGGAUAGUAACCGGUUGGAUAUGGCUUUAAGCGUUUCCUUGAAGCGUGUGACCAACUUGCCAGGGAGACAUGAGAGACAGGUAUCUCUCAAUUUUCGAGGCUUUACACACAAAAGCAAGAAACUCAAGACAGGAUCCAUAGCAGAAUUUUCAGAGCUCUAUCGAUGGCCUCACUAUGGAAAACCGGUGGACGAAGAACUUUUGACAUUGAAGGUGUACAACUGCAGCAAAGUUUUCAGUAACCGGUUACUAGGCACUUUGGUUAUCAGUCUUCAGCAUCUUACAAAGACUGGCCGGCUAUUCCUCACCGAAAACUUAGUGGACAAAAAUCACAGAAUAACAGGGAUCUGUAUUGAGUUGGAUAUCCGUUAUCAGCCUCCUGAUGGGACUGUAGGUGCAUGGAUCGAAGAGGAUUUCUACUCAACUGUUGAAGAUAGUAAUGCCAUCAUUAUCCGGAAUGUUGGGUUCGAAGAUGACGACGCUGAGAGUGAGACAGCUCGGAAGAAAGAUAAAGAAGCCAUCCGAAUGGGAAGGGCUAUUGUCAAGAGGGACGACGACGAUGAAGAUGAUUAUGACGAUGAUGAUUUUGAUGAAUCAGAAUUACAGAUUUCUGGGAUUACUUUUACUCCAGUGUUCAGCCGAUGCUCUUUUCCGGCAAGAGAAAACAUCUCCAACCCCAAACCCAGAAACUUCCAGAUUGCAGUCACUAUCGUACAGGCGCAAAAGCUUGUUGGAGUCAAUAUUGAUCCUGUAGUUCACAUCAGGGUCGGAAAUGAGAAACGGCACACUUCCACUCAGAAAUCUACCAACUGCCCCUAUUAUAACCAGUACUUUCUUUUCGAAUUUUUGGAGCCGCGGGACAUCUUGUUUGAUAAGCUUAUUGAGAUAUCUGUGGUCCAUGCCAAGAAAAUCGCAUUUUUUGGAACCCGUUUGGGGACAUUUAAGAUAGACGCUGGGACUGUAUAUAACAAUUCAGAUCACAGGUUCACCCAGAAGUGGGCUGUCAUCACUGACCCGAAGGACACCAGGGCUGGCAUAAAGGGAUUUGUGAAAUGUAACCUGUCUGUCCUUACCAAAGGCGACUCCAUAACAGCUCCUCCGUCCGGUAGCCAGAAUGAUGAUAUUGAAAAGAACCUACUGCUUCCCAAGCGCAUACCAGCAGAAAGGCCAUGGUCAAAAAUCUGUGUCAAAGUCUUCAAGGCAGAAGGUCUGCCAAGUAUGAGCUCUGGGAUUAUGGGAAGCUUCUCUAAAAUUAUUGGGGAUAAGAAAGUGUUCAUCGAUCCAUAUGUCCAGGUCUCCUUUGCCGGUCAGCAGGGUGAAACGGGUGUGGAGAACGACACGACGGUUCCAGAAUGGAAUGAGCAGAUCAGUUUUAUUGAGCUGUUUCCACCACUGUCACGGAAAAUUAAAAUCCAGAUUUUGGAUGACGCUCACAUUGGAGAUGUUGCCGUGGCCACUCAUUUUAUUGAUCUGCAACAGAUAUCUGACCCCAGCAAAAAUGCUGGCUUUAAUCCAACCUUUGGUCCUGCCUGGGUAAAUCUUUAUGGGUCCCCUCAAAACUAUACCCUGAGAGAUGUCCAUAAGGAUCUGAAUGAAGGUCUGGGGGAAGGAAUCUUCUACCGAGGUCGCAUCUUAGUGGCUGUCUCGGUGGAUAUCUUCAACAACAACAACAUUCAAGACAAGAAGCCUCUGGUGGCUCUAAAGAAUGCACUCGGCAAGCUGAAGAUUAAGAAGAAGAGCAAGAAAUCCAAGGAGAUAGAGAAAGAGAAUGCGGCGGAACAGGCUGAGGGGGAAGGCGGGGAAGGAGAACAAGAGCAACCUUCUGCUGUCACUGUGGAGGUUGAUGACAUUCUUCCUAUGCCAGAGAAUGCCUUGGGGACCAAGGAAGAAUUCCUUUUAUUUGGGACUCUAUUUGAGGUUACAAUGAUUGACCCGAGCAUCGGCACCAAGCCUGUAAAAUUUGAAGUCUCGAUAGGAAACUAUGGAAAAACUGUAGAAGUGAUAACAAAAUCUUCCAAGAAAAAGGAAAAAAAAGAGAAAUUAGAACCAGUACCUGAAGACCGUCAGUCUCUUUUGGACACAGCCUCAGAGGAUGAGCUGGAAACAGAGGCAGCGCCCCCUCCCAAAAAUGAGGGUAUAUCAAUCACACCCAGCAAGAGGCCCGAGCCUACAGAAUAUGAUGGAUCGUACAACUGCAUUCCCAUGGUCAAUGACAAGCCCUGUGUGUAUGUGUGGAGUUACUGGGAGGACCACACCUGGAGACUGAACGUUUCUAACUGGAUUGUGAAGAUUGCCGAACGCUUAGAACGUGGCCUGGAAGAGGUGGAGAAACUUAUCAGGAGGCCAAAAUCCAAACCAGAGGUGCGACUCAAGCAAGUUUUGGAAGAGUUUGUAGCUGGCUGCAGGCAAUACUCUCUCAAUGCUGGCAAGAAAACAAUGACUCGGCCCAAUAAUCUGGAUCAGUGUAGGAUGAAAUCACUCAGUUAUAACAUUAUUGUUUAUCCCAGGCAAGCUCGCAGGGCAAUCAGAAAGCUAACUAAAGACAAUGUAAAGGAGAAACUCAACGAGGGGAAGAAAAUCCUCGCCAAAGUCAGAUUCCUGGCCAAAGAGCCACAGUGCACUCUUCCAGAUGUUCUGAUUUGGAUGUUUAGCAAUGAGAAGAGGGUGGCAUAUGCGCGAAUCCCUGCCCAAAAUAUCCUCUACUCAGUGGUGGAAGAAGAAAAGGGGAAAGACUGUGGAAAGAUCAGCACUGUCUUUUUCAAGCUCCCAGGGUCAUACAACGGGGAAAUCUUUGCAAAGGCUGAAAUUUAUAUGUGGCUUGGAGUAACCAAAUAUGCCAAGAACAGUACUGCUGAGCUGCCCCAGGAUUUCUUACAUCUGUAUGACAAUAAUGGGCAAAUAAUGGAAUCUCCACCCUUACCCCUUACACCUCCAAUCAAAAUCACUCGGGAUGAUUUCUAUUACUUCCAGCUCCGUGCUCACCUGUACCAGGCCCGAGGGAUCCUUCCUGCUGAUGACAAUGGCUUGUCUGAUCCCUUUGCCAGAGUUGUAUUUGGAAACCAAUGUCUGACCACACAGGUGAUGAAUGAAACUCUGGCUCCCUUGUGGAAUGAGCUUCUGUUGUUUGACCAUCUUGUUUUGGAUGGGAAUAAAGAAGAUAUUAAGAAUGACCCUCCCAUGAUCAUUGUUAACAUAUACGAUCAAGACAAAUUUGGAGCUCCUGAGUACCUCGGACGUGCCUUCGCCACCCCAAUUGUCACACUGCUUACUGAUGACGAUGAUGAAGACAGUGAGAACACAGAACCUAAGUACAAACAGCCUGCCCUGCAGUUUUUUGAUAUUAUCAAGGGCAACAGAGAUGCCGGAGAACUGAUUGCAACUUUUGAAUUAAUAGAACUCAAUAACAAGAAGUACUUGGAGCCGACUAUUCCAGAUUAUGUCUACCCAGUCAACCCAGAGUAUAUGGAUGAGGAAAGCGAUCGUUAUAUAAUCCCUGCUGGGAUCCGUCCAACUCUCAAGGAAUUCAGAGUCGAGAUUCUUUUCUGGGGCUUGAGAGAUCUUAAAAGAAUAAACCUGUUCGAGGUGGAGCAGCCUCAGGUGUACAUUGAGUGCGCCGGCAAGAAAGUGGAGUCUGAAGUUAUUUUAAGCUGCAAAGAUUUCCCUAAUUUUACAGAGCUGGUUAAAUUUGUGGAUGUGGAGCUUCCAGAGCAAGUGUACCUUCACCCACCCCUCAGCAUCUUUGUGGUGGAAAAGCGGGCCUUUGGGCGCUCUGUUAUGGUUGGUUCCACAGUGGUGUCCCAUCUCAUGAAGUUCUCUCCCAAGGAGCUGGAAGAGAAGAAUGAAGAUGAGGCUAAACAAAAACAAAAGAAGAUGCUUACCCGUUUCAACCCAUUGUCAACUGUGAUAAACAUUGAAUCAGAAGACAAGGGAACUGACAGCAAAUUCAACCCUCUCAAUAUUGUAAAGAACCCUUUAAGUAAGCUGUCAUCUAAAAUAUUGAAAGAAGAAGAGCUUGAAGAAGAAAGGCCUGAUCAAGAGGAAUUAGAUUGGUGGUCAAAGUACUACGAAUCACUGAGAGAAUUAAAUGAACUAGCAGCAGCUGCUGAAGAGGAAGAGGAAGCAGAAAACGAAGAACAAGCUGAGGGAAACAUUGCUGCUUUAGAUGCUGACGGUGAUGAUGUUUCCAUGGUGGUGGAGAUCGUCAAGCCAAAACGGAAACCUAUUGCUACUCUAACGAUUUAUAAGUCAGAGCUGGAGAAAGAGUUUGAUGACUUCCAAGAUUGGCUGUAUAUAUUCCCCUUGCACCGAGGAAAGGCACUGGAUGAUGAUGAUGAUGAUGACGACAACUAUAUGGGAAAAUAUAAGGGAUCCUUUUAUAUCUACCCUACUUCCGAGGCCACCUCUGAAAACCAGAUAAUGAAGGGUGUACCAAGGAACCGGCCGAUCAAAGUGCUUGUUAGAAUCUACAUUGUUAAAGCAACACAGUUGUCCCCGACAGACCCAAAUGGAAAAGCAGAUCCAUAUGUGGUGGUGAAAGUGGGGGAGCAAGAAAAAAACAGCAAGGACCGUUACAUCCCCAAGCAACUGAAUCCAGUGUUUGGAGAGAUUUUUGAAAUGACCAUUUCCUUCCCCAUCGAGUCAGAGCUCCUCAUCCAAGUGUUCGACCAUGACCUGGUGGGAUCAAACGAUUUGAUCGGGGAAACAAAACUGGACCUGGAAAAUCGUUUCUACAGCAAUCACCGGGCAAACUGCGGGCUUGCGUCCCAAUACGAUACAGACGGGUACAAUACAUGGAGAGAUGCCUUCAAGCCCUCGCAGAUUUUAAGUUCUUUAUGUAAGAAGCACUCUCUUGAUGCUGCAGAAUACAGAAGGGAGGAGGUCAAGGUGAACAACAAGCUCUUUAAAAUUCCGAAUGAAGCAUUCCCUGAAGAGGCUUUCCAGAGGGACAGGAACAAAGAGUUGGAUGAGAGGUUGUCGGCAUAUGAUGAACACAAAGCCCUGUAUGUUCUCCAACACUGGGAUGAGAUGCCAGAGUACGGUAAAAGAUUGAUUUUAAAUUCUAUUCGCGAUGAUUGUGUACAAAAAUGUAACCCAAAUAAGACUAAUACACAAUUCAAAACUCAAACCAGUUGGAAGUGUGUCGGAGCCAUUCUUGUAGCCUGAAACUAACAAUGACGU